AUGAAGCGACUAAAUAACCGGGCAGAGAGCCACCUGAGUGGCCAGGUGGAGUGUGAACUGGAUAGUCUAGGGAAAGGUUCCUGGGUAAACCAGGGCUACUGUGGCUCUCCUCCACCCCUGCCUCGUGUCAUCAGCACUGUCUACAAUCCUCAACCCCACUUCCAGGGCUCCUUCAACAGCAUGAGCAAGCUGAACACCCCAGACUCUUUCCCAGUCAAGCCUGAUCCGCUGGACUUGGGGGUGGAUAAGACAAGGCCUGGCUGCUGUUCUUUCUUCAAAGGAUUGUGGGGUACAGCUCUGACUGAGAACACUUCAGGCAACAGAGAGCUGUUUAUUAGGACAACCCUAAGGGAGUUACUGGUCUAUGUGGUUUUUCUUGUGGAUAUGUGUCUCUUGACAUAUGGUAUGACCAGCUCCGGUACCUACUACUAUACUAAAGUCAUGACAGGCCUGUUUGUGAAUACACCCAGCGACAGCGGGGUUCAGUUUCAAUCCAUUAGCAGCAUGGCUGACUUUUGGACUUAUGCCCAGGGCCCUUUACUGGAUGGACUCUACUGGACCAAGUGGUACAACAACCAGUCACUAGAUAAUGGAAACCAGUCCUUUAUCUACUAUGAGAACCUGUUGCUAGGGGUGCCCAGGAUGAGACAAAUCAAGGUAAAGAACAACUCCUGCAAAGUCCACAGUGACUUCCAGAACGAAAUCACAGGAUGCUUUGAUGUCUACAAUGAGAAGAAAGAGGACAAACUGGACUUUGGCCUGAUUAAUGGCACAGCCUGGCAGUAUCACACAGAAAAAGAGAUUAAGGGAUCGGCUCACUGGGGGCUGCUGACCACCUACAGUGGGGCGGGCUACCACCAGGACCUUGGCAGAACCAAGGAGGACACGGCUGCAGUCCUGGCAGAGAUGACGAGCAACCUGUGGUUGGACCAUGGGACUCGGGCAGUGUUCAUCGACUUUUCCACAUACAACGCUAAUAUUAACUUGUUCUGUGUCAUCAGGUUAGUGGUUGAAUUUCCAGCCACUGGUGGAGCAAUACCCUCUUAUCAGAUUAGAACGGUCAAACUGAUUCGCUACAUCACCUACUGGGAUUAUUUUAUUAUUGGCUGUGAGAUGGUGUUCUGUUUGUUCAUUCUCUACUAUAUUGUGGAAGAGAUUCUUGAGCUGCGGAUCCACAAGUUUUCCUACUUCAAAAGCAUCUGGAACACUCUUGAUGUGGUUGUCAUCAUGCUAGCAAUCGUUGCUAUCGUCUUCAAUGUUUUUCGCACCCUUAAAGUGGAUAAAUUACUUGGCACACUGUUGCAUAAUCCGGAUAUCUAUGCAGAUUUUGAAUUUUUAGCAUUCUGGCAAACACAAUAUAAUAACAUGAAUGCAAUGAACUUGUUCUUUGCUUGGAUAAAGGUUUUCAAGUACAUCAGUUUCAAUAAGACCAUGACUCAACUGUCCUCUACACUGGGGCGUUGUGCGAAAGACAUCAUGGGCUUUGCUAUCAUGUUCUUCAUUGUGUUCUUUGCCUAUGCUCAGUUGGGUUAUCUGCUCUUUGGAACAGAGGUGGAAUCCUUCAGUACCUUUGUCAAGUGCAUUUUUACCCAGUUCAGGAUCAUUCUUGGAGAUUUCGAUUAUGAUGCAAUUGAGCGAGCCAACAGAGUCCUUGGGCCCAUCUAUUUUGUCACUUAUGUGUUCUUUGUCUUCUUUGUGUUACUUAACAUGUUUCUGGCCAUCAUUAAUGACACCUAUUCUGAGGUAAAGGAAGAGCUGUCAUCCCAAAAAGAUGAGCUGCAAAUUACUGACAUAAUCAAACAGAGUUAUGCAAAGACAUUUAUGAAACUAAAACUGAAAAAGGAGAAGAUAUCAGAUGUACAAAAAGCCUUGAAUUCUGGAUCCAAAGAAAUAGAAUUCAAAGACUUCAGAGAGACUCUUAAAGAGAUGGGACAUGCUGAUCAUGAAAUAUCUGACGCUUUCUCCAAAUUUGACUGUGAUGGAAACAAAAUUCUGGACCAAGAAGAGCAAGAGAAAAUGAAAAGAGAACUAGAAGAUAAAAGGGAUGCUCUCAGUGCUGAGCUUAACAAUCUUGGACGAAACUAUGUUAACGGUUCCCUGAAGAAACCUGACAAUGAGCAGAAAAAAACAGUGGAGCAGGAGGAUUUCCAAAAAUUGGUCAGACAGGUUCUUCAUCUUGAAGGAUUUGUAGCAGCCAUUAUGGGGAAGCUUGACUUGGUCAUGGAGAAACUGGAACUGCAUGGGUGGAAAAAAGGCACAGAAACAAUGAUUAAGAGUGAAAAGACUGCUUCAGAUGGUAAAAUUCACGUACAACUCAACAGCGAAAUACACGCAGAGACAUCACCAUGGAGUGCCACUAUUCCUGUUGGCCAGACCACAUAUGAUGGUCAGAACCUGGUCAAAGGCUGGCCCAAGGCAAACAGCCAUAUGUAGCUUAGUGCCAGAACAACAAUUGUGAGAAGAAAUGCACAACAUAACCAAAAAUACUGAGGAACAAUGUUGGCAUACUAAGGUGAGCAGUUUUAAACUUCAAACCCUUAAACUCUUACAUGUUUAAGGAUGUUAAAGUAACAAAUAUUUACAUAGAAUUUAAAUUCAAGAAUACCAACGACCACUAAUAACAAUACAUAAAAUUCAACAGAAAAACAUUAAUAAAUUCAAGCAAUUAUAUUAGUCCAGAAAGAAAUUGCACAAUACUUGCAUCAUAUACUUGGGCAAUGGGAAUACUAUAAAUUAUGAUGUAUUUAGAAUAAGAUCAAAUCUUUGCAUAUUCAUGUAUUUUAAGUGUCGACAACAUUGUCAAUAAUUUUCUUAACAGAUAGUUUGCAGCACUUAAUAUAAAUUACAUCUGUGUAUUUUAUUUAUGUUGCUAUUGCUAAUCCAUGUGUUGUGCUUUUAAGUAAUUAUUGUCGAUUCAGGCAUUGAUCUCUGUGGUUUAUGUUAGGUCACAUUAAGUACAAUAUUAUGAGUCGUUCAACCAAAAAUCUGACUCAAUAGAGGUGUUUAAUGUACUAGUACAUUAGGUUUUAAUGAGGUCAGGUUUGAGAAAAUAAGAUUAAUUAACAGUUAAGAUCUAAAUUGCUGUUACUAUAUAGUGCUUGGUGAAGCCUAAUUAAGAUACUGUCUUUUGUAGCAUGUGUUGUUAAUAAAAUAAGUCUGAU